AUGGUGAAUAAGUGCUGUGUACCGGGCUGUACUGGCAACUACCGGACUGGGAAAAAGAUAUCUGUGUUCAGAUUUCCAAAGGAUGCUGAACUGAGGAAGAAGUGGACACAUGCUAUUCGACGGCAGAACUUUACUCCCUCUGAACAUUCAGUGGUUUGUCAAGAACACUUCAGUCAGAGUGACCUAAUUCUUCAAAGCACAGCAGUUGACUGGAAAACAGGGCGAACUUUGGCAUUGCCUCUAGAAAAACCAAGACUGAAAGAAAAUGCAGUGCCAUGUUUCCUGCCAAACUGUCCCAGUUAUUUAAGCUCAAGACAAGAUGUUCAACGAGAGCCCCCAAGUCAAAGAAGACAACGGCUAGAAGCGGAUGCCUUAAGUAAAGCUAUAUCUGAAAGUAUAGAAACAGCUUCUGCGCAAAGGGAAAAUGACAGUUUUCAAGAUUACAGUGAAUUUUUGAAAAAAAGUGAGAAUGUUACAUUAAAUCAACAGUGGAGUAAAGUUGUGAAAGAAGACUGUAUAUUGUUCCUCUACCUCAACUUUGAGAAAACUCCACAUGAUAUUGUAUAUUUAACAGUUUGUAGAAACCUCAGUGUUAAAUUGUAUGUAAAUGGUGUUGAGAUUGUUGCCAGCACACUUCCACAGAAAGUUUGCAGUGUAACUGAAGUAGAAAAUGUGAUUAAGGUGUGUACAGACUAUAUUAGUGGCAGGGAAAGUGAUUUACACAUGUCAGUUAUUCACUCCCUUCUUGAAGCAUUACCAGUGAAAGAAGGUAAGAGGAAGGUUGUUUCAUUCUUGAGGUCACAAUGUGCAUUAUGUCUUCAAUCCAAGGCACACCAUAAAUUUGAUCCAGAGGUUUUGAUUCUUUGUUCUGUGUUGUUUACAAUUUCUCCACAUGCUUACAAGUUUUUGCGAUCAUCUGGUUUUGUCAUUCUACCACAUCCAAACACAUUAAGGAAGCUUAGUUGUAAUAUAAACGUGAGCCCAAGUAACCCAAAUUUUUUAAGUCAUUUGAAAGAUGAAAUUUCAUGUUUGGAACCACAUGAACUGUUUGUUACCUUUAUGCUAGAUGAGAUCCACAUAAAACCAUAUGUAGAUUAUAAAGGGGGGAAUAUUACUGGAUUGACUUUGGAUACUGCUGAAAUAGCAACCAGUGCACAUGUAUUCAUGAUUCAGAGUAUUCUUUCUCCUUUCAAAACUGUUGUACAUGUAUUGCUUGUGAAAAAACUGAAUGCAGAGAGCUUGUUUAAUGUAGUGAGAACUUUAGUAGUAGGUAUAGAAGCAGCUGGCUUUCAGGUUGUUUCACUUGUUAUAGAUAAUAAUGCCAUUAACAGAAAAUGUGUUACAUACUUUGCAAAUCCACCACAAGCCAGUUUUGUAUACCCAUCUCCUACAGAUGCUAAGAGACCAAUGUUUUUUCUGUAUGACACUGUCCAUAUUUUUAAGUGCAUGAGGAACAACUGGAUAAAUCUGAAGAACCACAGGCAAACAUUUUGUUAUCCAGAUUUUGAUAAUUCUGAUAUUGUUAGGUAUGCAUCUUUUGCUGCAGUUAGAGAAGUACAUGAUUCAGAAAGCCAAAAACUGUUAAAAUAUGGUUAUGGGUUGUCUGUGAAAGCCUUGUGGCCUUCGUCUUUAGAAAGGCAAAAUGUUAAGCUGGUGACUCAAAUAUUCAGUGAUUAUGUAGAAAGUAGCAUGGCUGAGUUGGGGCCAGUUCAUAAUGUAGAAAACUGGGAAGGUACUGCUAAAUUUAUAAAUCUUAUGAGGACUUGGUGGGGGAUUGUCAAUGUUAAAUCACCUCUGAAGGGACUUCACCAUAAGGAAGAAAUGCAGAAGCCUCUGACUAAUAAAGCAGGAGACAUUCGUUACAAUUAUCUUGAUAAAUUUCUCACUUGGUUAGAUAAAUGGAGAAGUUUAGAGUCGGGGAAUGGUAAAUUGUCUGUGGAAACACACACAGCACUUCGACUCACAACAUAUGGCUUAAUGCAAGUAACUAAAUACUGUUGCAAGGAACUAAACAUGUCAUAUAUUCUGCCAGGUAAGUUCCAGACUGAUUCUCUGGAAGCAAGGUUUGGUCUAUAUAGACAGUUAUCAGGAUGUCAGUAUCAUAUCUCACUUAGGCAGUUGUUAGAAACUGAAAACAAGUUAAGACUCAUGACUGUUUUAGAACCCAAUGUUCACCCCCAAGAAAAGCUGAGAAUUGUAGAGAUGCAUAGUUGUGAUGAAAGUACAGAGAGCAGUGUGAAUGACAGUGGAUAUACCUUUAAUGUCAAUAUCAGUGAAGAUGGUUUAAAAAAUGUUGAAUCUGAACUCCCAGUUUUAACUUACAUUGCUGGUUACUGUUGCCACUCAUUGAUUAGGAAACUUCAGUGCAGUGACUGCACAGAUUUUUUGAUACUGGAUAGGUCAAUGACAACUGAGAAACAGUUUAAUUUAAUUAGACAACUGGACAGAGGAAGUUUGAAAUUCCCACGUGAAUUUCCUGUGACAGUAGUCAUGUACAGUUACUUGACUCUACAAAAGUUGUUGGCAGCAUCAUCAUUCCUGAAGCUGCUGAAUCAAAGAGCAGUAGCAGCUGAACUAAUUUGGAAAAUAAUUAUGGCUGCUGAACUGUUGUGUGAAAGUUCUUGUCCUCAGCACACUGUAUCAGAAAUGUGUAAGAAAAUUAUAUGAACCACUGUAAAUAUAGUACUAAAUAAUUUUUGUAAAAAGAAAAAUGAUGAAACUUCU